UUUCUAGAUGAUUAGUUACUCUGCUCCUUUAAACAAUUACUUUCACUCCCAUUCACCGCAGAUAUUAGAGUAAGUUUGCAACGCUUUGCUAAAGAAUCUUAAUGCUAACUUCCUAAAUGAUUAUUAGAGCAUAUUAAUAGAUAGUUAUAAGAUAGUUAAAAAGAUUAAAAAGAUUUAUUACUGGCAAGAUUACCCCAAUAAAACGUGAACAAAACAACCGCAUUCGAUAAAAACAAAACAAUUUCGACAAACAAGAGAACAGAUGGCGUUCCCAAAAAUAUGGUAGUAAAUGCGACCAAUCCAAGCUGCUAUUUAUACUCGGCCAGUCCAGCGGAAAAGUAUCAAUCAACCGGCAACAGUUGACAGCAGCAAAGAUCUCCAGAUCCACCAGAGAAAUCAUGAGCAAGUUCACCAUUUGCCUUCUCCUCGUCGUCCUGGCCAUCGUGGCCAUCCAGGCUGAUGGCGAUCGGCGUCCGUGUGUGGGUCGCUGCACCGGUCUGUCCAGCGGCCAGAGUGUGUGCAUCCGCAACAAGGUGACCAAUGUGUGCACCCGCCUGCCGGCCUGUCGUCUGCGGGAGAAGAAUUGCCGCCGUCGGGACAAUGGACUCGAACCCAUUCGGGAGACAUGCAUCACCCGCUGUCGCAACAUUCCCGGCACCAGCGGCGUGGGCCAGUGCGCCAUCAGGCUGCGUCCUCGUCCCCAGUCCGAUGGCAAGCGCAUCAAGGAGUGCCAGAGGAGGAUCUGCCUUGACGACAAGCUGGCCAGCUGCUGGAGGGACCAGCAGGGCGCUUGCAUCCUGCAGACCCGCUGCGAGGCCCAGAGGAGGAACUGCGUCCGGAAUCCGCUUAACCAGUGGGUGAGGGCCAGCCAGUGGAGCUGCCAGGGCAAUGUUGUGGGCGGUGGCAUCCGACGCUGCCGCACCAGGCCCAUCAUCAUCAAGGACUAAGAGUUCUGGCGAGGAAGCCCCCAUACGCGGAUCCCAACUUGAAUCCUGGCACUGACCUCCUUUCGCAUACAGUUUUUUUUUGUCCAACUUCUUUAAAUUUUUUUGCCUAUGUUAGUCCCGUACAAAUAUAAAUAAUUCAAUCACAUUUAAAUCGUUGCUAUUUUGCUUUACUGCUUCGCAUUUUCUUGGUCGCCGACCAGUGAAAAACCAAAAGUCCCUUUUCCUACUUUUCGUCAAGAAAAUAAUCUGUUUUUGGGCCAUAACAAUGGAAUGGAAUGCUCAAAUGUGGAAUGCCAUAUCUCGUUGAGCUCGUAAUUAAAUUUCCAAUCGAACUGUGUCCAAAAAUGGGAAUUCUAUUUU